AUGAUAUCAAGUAAAUCAAAGAAGAAGCAGCAGUUACUACAACAACAGUUGCAACAACAACAACCAUUACCAACUGUGGCAACUGCAAUGUCAACUUCACCAAAGAUGGAGAGUAUUAAUAAUAAUAGUAGUGGCGGAGUUGGUGGAGGUGGAAGUAUAAAUGGAAUGAGUCCAAUAUCAAUUGCCAAACAUUCUCAUUCACCUCCAAUGCCCUCGGUAAAUGCCCGUGGAGCAUUCAGUCACAAGUCACCGCCACUGGAGAUGGUCAGCCACUUCAAGGAGAAGAUCCAGCAGUUGGGUUGGAUAGGUUCGCCCCAGACACUCGGUUCCAAGACCCGUCAGCGCUCCAAUUCCAUGGCGGUGGGCUCGCCGGGCUCCCCUGGUCAGCCACUCAACCUAUUCGCCACACUCGAGCAGAUCUCCAAAGAGUUGGAAGAGAGGGAGAAAGAUGUGCAACUUGCCGCAGAGAUUGGCAAGAUGCUACUCGACAAGAACAACGAGCUCGAGUACCAAGUCUCACAACUAUUCGACUAUGAGAGGAGGUAUCAUGAUGAGAAGAUUCAAUCUGACAUCAUCAAGAAGCAAAAUGAGACACUAAAGUCUAAUAUCAAGGAGGCUACAUUGGUCAAUGAGAUGUUGGUCGAGAAGAUGAAUGAUAACAACACAGAGAUGAAUAGUAUUAGACAGAAGUAUAGUAAGAGUAGUAAGUCAUCAAAGAAGAAUGCAGAUGUCAAUGUUGAUGAGUUGCACCAGGAGAUUGAAGAUCUGAGCAGCAAGGAGAUAAGCAUGGAGAAGUCUAUCAUCAAACUCAAGUGUGAGAAUGAGUCCCUGGUCGAGCGCAACGAGUCCAUCGAGUCCAAGCUCACCGAAUACGAGAGCGACAUGAAGGAGUUAGAGCACAUCAAAGAGAAGUAUCACUUCCUCUCCGUCAAGAAUAACUCUUUGAUUGGUUUGGCCAAGGAUAUCGCCACGAGGAAGUCAAUCAUUGAUGAGUAUAAUAUGUUCAAGGAUAACUUUGAGGUGACGUUGGAGAAUAUAUUGGCGUGCGCUACGAGUCAGGAGAGGUAUGAUCAUGCCCAGGAGAUGAAGUUGAUCAAGGAGUCAAAGGAUGCAUUGGACCAGAUUAGAUUGGAUGAUCACGAUCACAACAAUCAUGUUGUCAAACAGUUGUUGUCUCAGCUUCGUGAGAAGGAUGAUAUGAGUUCCAGCUUCUUGGAGGAGAGUGACAUCCAGUUGGCGGACGACUCCUCCGAUCACAACAUCGAUGAGGUCGAGAGUCAGUUGGCCAAGCAGAUCGAGAUAUCCGCACAGAACCUAUCGCGUAGUUCCAUACUCCUAUUGAUCGCAAUAUAUAUUGGCAAGAGACAUCAAGAUGUCAAUGAUCAACUCACAAGGAAUAAUACAUCGAUGUUGGAGUUGCAGGAAGAUAUCAAGGAGCUGACGGAGAAGCUACAGACUAAUACCAAGCUCAAUACAAAGUUGGAGAUGGAGUCGUUGUCCAACAGCAACCUGAUCGAAGAGUUACAGCAACGCACCGAGCUGCUGCAGAAUGAGAUCAAGACUCUACAACAGAGUUGUGCACAACUCCAGACAGAGAGGGACGAUUCAAUCAAGUCACUUCAAGCCGAGCAGGCCGCCAAGCAAGUGGCCAUCAGUGCCCUGCAAGAGGAGGCCGAGCGCAGACACAACCAACUGGAGGCUCAGCUCAAGCAGGUGGAGAGCGAAUACCGUCUGCUACAGGAGCAACAAUCAAAGCAGAAGCCGACUGAGCCUGUUAUGGUUGAGCGUGCUGCUGACCCAGCGGCAGAGGCUACACUGCGAGAUCUCAACUCCAAGUACAUGGAGUUGGCCAUGCGCUAUGCCCAGCUGAUGAGUAGCCAGGAUGGCCAGCAGUUUGAGCUCAAACAGAAGGACAACCGCAUUGAACAACUGAUGGGCCAGCUAGCAGAGAUCACAGCCAAGCACUCCGCUGCCGAGCAAGACAAUGUUAUUCUCAAACAAAGUGUGGCAGCAUUGGAGGCACAGGUCGCGAACAAGGACCAGGAUAUAGCCCGAAUGUCCAAUGACUUGGAGGAGGCCAGGCUCAACAUCGCCAAGCUAGAGGAUGCCGACAAGAUUAUGAAGCAAAAGACAUUGGACAUGUCCAAGACACUGGCCGACCGAGACCAGAUAAUUGCAGACCUCAAGAAGGAGUUGGACGAUAUGGGCAAGGAGUUGGCAGUCCAUAAAUCAUCGAGUGUGGAUGUGGCCGAGUUCGUGGCACUCCAGGAUCGUCUACAACAGGCUGAGAGCGACCUGGCACAUGCAAAGGAUGAUCAAUCACAGAAGGAGAGGGAGAUCGCAGAGCUAUCCACUCGCAUCAAGGCAUUGGAGGAGAAGUACCAAGCAUUGGAGUUGGUUCAUAACGCUUGCUCGGCGAAUGAUGAGGACCUGGCUCAACAGAUAGCUGAGGCUGCCAGUCUCAAGACUGCCCUGGCCCAGCGCGAUAAUACCAUCAACGAGAUGACCGAGACGUUGUCAAGAAUGCGUGAUGAGCUGGCCGAGUUGAGACUCCAGAAUGAUGACAACAUCGCACUGCUCAAGCGUGAUCAUAAUGAGAUCAUAGAGUCGCUCAACAAGAAGAUUGAGGAGUUGUCACGUGACCUCGAGCAACUCCAAUCCAAGGACUCAGAGGUGGACGCCAAGAUCAAGAACCUGUUGGACAAUGCCAAUGUACUCUUAUCAAAGUUGGACGACAAGGACAAGAUAGUGACGUCGCUGCAAGAGGAUAUUGCCAAGCUGGAGAAUGAACUGCACGAGAUGAACGAGAACUAUAACAGGAAGCAGUUGGAGUUGGAGGCACAGCUAAAGAAGGGAGAGGAAGCCAAGAUCGAACUUGACAACAUUGCACGAGAACUGGCCGAACAGAGGAAGCCCAAGACAUGUCUAGAGUGUGUGGAGCAUCAAUCAAACCUGGAGCGAGUGAACAAAGAACAUGAAGAUGAGCUCAUUAGAAUGUCGCAGCGCGAGUGCCUGGAGUGCGCGCAACACUUGGAGAAGAUCAAGGGCAUGGACGACGUGCACAAGACACAGGAGAAGGACUACAAUGACCUGGUGAACAUGUUACAACUACACAAGAAGCAAGUGGAAGAGAUGCGCGCACAUGUGGAUCAGAUCAAGAAUCAACCUCCAGCCGAGUGUGACACAUGCAGCUCUCUGCGUGAUGAGAUAGACGCGCUCAGACGCGAGCUGGAUGAUCUGAGAAAGUCCAACCAAAGCCUGAGAUCAUCAACAGAGGUCGAGCGCAACGAGCUCAAAAAGAGCCAUAGUCUCAUCAUGGAGAAGGAGGCCGCACUGUUCCGACAACAACAAGAGGAACAAAAGAAACUGGAGAAGGAGCAAGAGUUGAUCCAGCUUGAGAAGAAGAAGUUGGAGGCUACUCUUGCCUCGGUUGGCUCCGUCGUUGAUACGGGAGCGCCGCAUCGUUGCACGAUCGGAUCACUCAUCAACAAAGAGUACGAGAUGAUUGCCUACAUCAACCAGUUCCUUCCCGGCCACCUCAUACUCUCACUCCAAUGUCGCCAGUGUGUUUCCGACAAACUCAGGGAUGGUCAUGUAUUCUGCAAUGUGAUCAAUCACUUUAUAAAUGAUUGUAUCGAUUCGAGAGCAUUACAUCAACAGCCAUGUUCACCAAGCGAUAUGGAUGAGAACUUGGCAUUGGUAUUGAACUCGGUCAAGGUGUUUGGAGGCUAUAACAACUUCAAUGGAAGUGAUUUGGUGUCCAGCAACAAUGACAACUUAUUCAAACUAUUGUUUGAGAUACUGUACAUUGGCUUCCUUCAACGAGUAUCACUACUACAUCAUCCAGAGUUGGCUGCUUUGUGGAAAGGAAACAACAAGGAUAGCGACCAGUCUGAUGAGAGCUGGGACAACUUCAUCACACUAGAGCCACAUCUCUUCAUCAAGCGUUGGGUCAACCACUUUAUCAAGUUGGCUGGCGGUGGCCAAUCACCAAUAUCCAAGGAGUUCACAAGUGAUGAGAACAUCUUCACAACAUUGCUCAGUCAGUUGUAUCCAGAUUACAGUAGCUCUAGUACCAAGACAUUGGAGUCUAUGCUGGAGUAUUGCAAGACUCUUGGAUGUACGAUAGUCACUCAGGCAGACAUUAGAAGGAACGACCAACAUUGUAUAAUACUAUUCCUUGCACAGCUGUUUGAUAAGAAGUCCGGACUGAGCUUACCAAAGGACCAGCCAAUGGAGUCAAUCACUUCUCCAGACAUUGCACCAUCGAGCGAGGAGAAGGCCGCCAAACAAUGGCUGAAAACUCUUGACAUCUCAACAUCAAGUCUGGAUGACUUCCGUGAUGGCCUACUACUGCUGCGCGCGUUGGACCAGGUCUCGCCAGGCCUUGUCAACUGGAAGUCCGUCAACAUGCACCCUUCAAACAUGUUCACAAUGACUGAGAACUGCAACUAUGUCGUCAAGCUCGGCAAGCAACUCAAGUUCAUCCUGGUGGGCAUUUCCGGCUCCGACUUUGUCAAUUGCAACAAGAAGUAUCUUCUAUCAUUCGUCUGGCAAAUGAUGCGCUACAGUGUACUCAAGAAGGUCAAUCUAAAGGGCAAGGACGGAAAGGAUAUUACCGAAGCAGACCUGGUCUCAUGGGCCAACAACAAGGUGCAGGCCAGUGGCAAGACCACAUCGAUCAAGUCUUUAAGCGACUCCACUUUGAAGGACUCCUCAUUCCUGCUCGACUUGCUCAACUCCUUGAGCAAAGGAUGCAUUGACUACUCGUUGGUAUUGAAGCGAAACGAUGGCGAGAGUAACAAGUCCAACGCAAGGUACGUCAUCUCCGUCGCAAGGAGACUAGGCUCGCAGACCAUCAUCUUUUGGGAGGAUAUCGUCGAGGUCAAGUCGAACAUGAUCAUGCUAUUCAUUCUAGACCUCAUGACAUUGUUGCCACAAUAA